AUAAAUUAUAAUUUGGAUAUAAACACGCCUAAGGUGGUGUUUUGUUGUGCUGAGAGAUUCUGCAGUGAGCAACAAUGGCAGGCAGAGGUUUUUCUUCCAUCAUACAGCGAGCUGUUCGCUCCGCAGCAGCCCGAUCGUACUCUCUUUCAUCGUCAGUUAUAUCAAAAGAAGAAUCCAUGUGGAAUAAAAGAUUUCGAAGGUUUGGGACUGCUGCAACUGCUGUAGAAGAAUUUAUAAAACCGCCAGUUGAAUUGAAGUAUACACAGCUUUUAAUCAAUGGACAGUUUGUUGAUGCAGCGUCUGGAAAAACAUUUCCAACAAUUGACCCUAGAACAGGGGAUUUGAUUACUCAUGUUGCUGAAGGUGAUGCGGAAGAUGUGGACAGAGCUGUAAAAGCUGCUAGAAAAGCAUUUGACGAAGGACCUUGGCCAAAAAUGACUGCCUAUGAGAGAUCAUGUAUUCUGUUCCGUUUUGCUGAUUUGCUAGAAAAGCACAAUGAUGAGGUUGCCACUCUGGAAACAUGGGACAAUGGGAAGCCUUAUGAGCAAGCAGCUUUGAUUGAAGUUCCAAUGGCAGUACGACUGAUUCGCUACUAUGGAGGUUGGGCAGAUAAGAUACAUGGCCUUACUGUUCCAGCAGAUGGACCUUACCAUGUUCAAACACUACAUGAGCCCAUUGGAGUGGCAGGUCAAAUCAUUCCAUGGAAUUUUCCAUUGCUUAUGUUUUGUUGGAAAGUUUUGCCCGCACUAGCUACUGGGUGCACUAUUGUACUGAAGUCUGCUGAGCAGACACCUUUAACUGCUCUUUAUGCUGCAAAGCUUGCACAUGAGGCUGGACUCCCUCCUGGAGUCCUGAAUAUUAUUUCAGGCUUUGGCCCAACUGCAGGAGCUGCCAUGUCAAAACACAUGGAUCUUGACAAGCUUGCAUUUACAGGGUCAACUGCCACCGGUCAAGAGGUAUUGAAACUAGCUGCAGCAAGCAACCUUAAGCCAGUGACACUUGAACUAGGAGGAAAGUCUCCUUUUAUUGUAUGUGAAGAUGCCGAUGUUGAUCAGGCUGCAGAGCUUGCACACUUUGCUCUAUUUUUCAACCAGGGCCAAUGCUGCUGUGCUGGAUCGCGGACAUUUGUACAUGAGAGCAUCUAUGAUGAAUUUGUAGAAAAAGCAAAGGCUCGGUGUUUAAGUCGUGUUGUUGGUGAUCCCUUUAAAAAAGGUGUAGAACAGGGUCCUCAGAUUGACGAGGUACAGUUCAACAAAAUUAUGGGUUAUAUCAAGUCUGGGAAGGAAAGUGGUGCAACUCUUGUAACAGGUGGGGAGCGAAUUGGGAAUAAGGGCUUCUAUAUUAUGCCUACAAUUUUCACAGAUGUUCAGGAUGGCAUGCCCAUAGCGACAGAUGAAAUAUUUGGCCCAGUGCAAUCAAUUAUCAAAUUCAAAAACUUAGAUGAAGUUGUCAAGCGUGCGAAUGCUUCUCGAUAUGGCUUGGCAGCAGGAGUGUUUACUAAGAGUUUAGACACUGCCAAUACUCUCACUCGUGCUUUACGUGUGGGGACUGUUUGGAUCAAUUGCUUUGACACUUUUGAUGCCGCUAUACCUUUUGGUGGGUACAAAAUGAGUGGCCAAGGAAGAGAAAAGGGUAUCUACAGUCUCCAAAAUUACUUACAGGUUAAAGCUGUUGUCUCUCCUCUAUCUAAUGCAGCUUGGUUGUAGACUGUUGUUCUCUCGACUAGAAGUUGUUUUGAUAUGGUAGAUUUGGAGCAUUUUCAAAUAACUAAAGCUGCCUUCAAGUUGUUCUGGCUUGAACCAUGCUCUUCAUCUUUCAGUAAUUAUGUAAGGGAAACAUGGUUUUUUAGUUGUAAAGUGGAGGUCCAUAUAAAUGUAUCAAUUAGUUUGAGUAAAUUCUGAACUCAAUUAUAGUGUUCAUAUAAUAAAUUAGAAAUCUACCUUGGUUUUAA